AUGUCUACUUUCCCGACUGCCAACCCGCCACCGCGGUUUGGCAACGAUUCUCCCAGUCCCAACAGCUCCUUCCCUUCCUUCCUCCCCAUCGUCAUCGUGUUUACGCUACUGAGCAUAUUGGGAACCAUCGCCAUAGCUGGCUUCCUGUGCAGAUACGUCAAGAAGCACGGCCUCCAUGCCAUCACCAUCAGCACAGGUGCCGCCCCGGUUAGCACGGCACUGUACGCGGUGGCGCCGGACACCCAGAUACGGGACGCCACCGUGGAGAGGUUCCUCAGGGAGAUUGCUGGCGAGAAGCCCAUCCGAUUCACUCCGCAGCAGCUCUCGGGCUUCACCAACAACUACUCUGUCCGGCUCGGCGCUGGUGGCUUCGGUGCCGUUUACAAGGGCAUGCUCCCCAAUGGUCUCACGGUCGCCGUGAAGCGCCUCCACGCCGGACGCCACGACGACAGGACCUCUCAGGAGCAGUUCAUGGCGGAGAUGGGCACCAUCGGGAGGACGCACCACAUCAACCUCGUCAGGCUCUUCGGCUUCUGCUACGAUGCCGCUGACGUGCGCGCUCUGGCCGGUGCCACCGUGAAGUGCGACGUGUACAGCUUUGGCAUCCUCCUGUUUGAGAUCCUCGGCCGAAGGAGGAACCUCGACGAGACCGCGCCAGAGAGCCAGCAGUGGUUCCCCAAGCUGGUGUGGGUAAAGUAUGAGAGCGGCCGGCUUCUGGAGGUCGUAGAGACUUGUGACGGCGCGGACAAGCAGGACAAGAAGACGGCGGAGAGGAUGUGUGAGGUGGCGUUCUGGUGCGUGCAGCAGCAGCCGGAGGCGAGGCCUCCGAUGGGGGUGGUGGUGAAGAUGCUUGAAGGCGAGAUGGACAUUGCUCCCCCGGUGAACCCGUUCCAGCAUCUCAUGGCAACGCCGGUGGUGGCAAACAUGUGGACCACCGUGACGAGCAGCGUGAACACGGUCUCGACUGGGGUAGAUAUCGAUGGUGUUUCUCGUGAAAUUUGUUCGACAUAA